AUGGCAGUUUGAGCAUGCGCUGUGGAGCUUUGUUACUAGCUAGCUACUGUAAAAAUGGCGUUAAGCAAAACCUUUGGGCAGAAACCGAUUAAAUUUCAGUUAGAGCAAGAUGGAGACUUUUACAUGGUUGGAUCAGAGGUUGGAAACUACCUGCGUAUGUUCAGGGGCUCCCUGUAUAAAAGGUACCCAUCACUCUCGAGGAGGUUAGCCUCAGUAGAGGAGAGGAAGAAAAUUGUAGCAUCAUCGCACGCCACAAGUGUGACUCUCCUGAAGGCCUCCGAAUGUGAAGAGAUUUUCGAGGGGAACGAUGAGAAGUACAAAGCUGUUUCCAUCAGCACAGAACCACCGGCCUACCUCAGGGAGCAGAAGGGGAAGAGGAACAGCCAGUGGGUUCCCACGCUGCCCAACAGCUCCCACCACCUGGACGCUGUUCCCUGCUCCACCACCAUCAACCGCAACCGCAUGGGCCGCGACAAGAAGAGGACCUUCCCCCUGUGCUUUGACGACCACGACCCGGCGGUGAUCCACGAGAACGCGUCUCAGGCCGAGGUGCUGGUUCCCAUCCGUCUGGACAUGGAGAUUGAUGGGCAGAAGCUCAGAGAUGCGUUCACCUGGAACAUGAACGAGAAGCUGAUGACCCCGGAGAUGUUUGCAGAGAUCCUGUGUGACGACCUGGACCUGAACCCACUGGCCUUCGUCCCGGCCAUUGCCUCAGCCAUUCGCCAGCAGAUAGAGUCCUACCCCACAGACAGCAUCCUGGACGAGCAGACUGACCAGAGGGUCAUCAUCAAGCUGAAUAUCCACGUGGGAAACAUCUCCUUGGUGGACCAGUUUGAGUGGGACAUGUCGGAGAGGGAGAACUCUCCGGAGACUUUUGCCCUCAAGCUGUGCUCCGAGCUGGGCCUGGGAGGAGAGUUUGUCACCACCAUCGCCUACAGCAUCCGUGGCCAGCUCAGCUGGCACCAGAGGACGUACGCCUUCAGGUCUGAUUUCAGUGAGAAUCCCCUGCCUACGGUGGAAAUCGCCAUCCGCAACACAGGUGACGCUGACACAUGGUGCCCCCUGCUGGAGACCCUGACAGACGCAGAGAUGGAGAAGAAGAUCAGGGACCAGGACAGGAACACCAGACGAAUGAGACGACUUGCCAACACUGCCCCUGCCUGGUAGAGAGAAGCAGCAGUAAGCUACUACACAGCCUCUGGUCAACAAACGGUCAACUCCAAUAGGCCCUCUGAGAGACACACACAAACUCAACAAUAGACAUUCCACUGGUCCCUUCUUACAGCCCUCAUAAUGUUAACUAACUCUAUGCUUGGCUGUCAUGUCCUCUGGACACUGAUCCAGGACCAUUGUCACAUACCUAACUCCAUUAAUUACAAGAAUUACAUUUGAUCCAGGAACAGAGACUUUUGUUGAAGGAGCCUUAUCCAUUUCUAUUGCCGAAUCCCAAUCCAAGCCCCUGUAGUGGUUCAAGCCGCUACUCAUCUCUGAUGAGACGAGGUGGUAAAUGAAAGGUGCCAUGGGUAGAGUGUAUGGAUCCGUAUGAAAUGUAGCUUUUGUUGUUUCUACGGACUCACCAUCUAAGUGAGCUCAAACUGUAAUACUGCUUUGGUGCACUCGUAUCCCUCUUGAUGGACGAUGCGGAUGGACGACUGACUGUCCGUUUUAAUAGAAACUGUUACACUCGAGCAGACUCAACUCUUGCAAAUAAUGUAAACUUAUGUAUUGUGCUUUCUUUUUGUAAAGGUGCUGAUACUUUUAGUCAACGUUUUUGUUUUGUUUCCUUUUUUAAUAAAAUGCCAUAGAGACUUCAUUA